AUGUUAUCAUCGGUUGCAUUGACAGAAUGUACAGAGCCCGACUGGUGGUACUACAAUGAACAUUGUUACUUCCAUGUUCGUGAACGAAAGACAUGGUCUGAUGCACAAAGUUUCUGUAGACAACAUCACGCAAACCUAGCAAGUAUUGAAUCAAAAGAUGAGGCUGAGUACAUAGAAAAGAAGAAUGUAAAUAAUGUUUGGAUUGGGUUGUAUAAAACAGAUCAAGGAAAAGAUUGGGAAUGGGUGAGCGGUGAAAAGAAAAUUGAAUAUCUAUGGGAUGCAGGCCAGCCGCAGAAUAAAAGUGUGGAGGGACUCAACUGUGCUAUCACUACAAAAGAAGGAUUCUGGGAAAAUUACUUCUGCUUUGAUCGAAGUUAUUUUGUGUGUGAGACUCAAGCUAACAAGCCAAGUUGCCCACAAAAAAUUAGUAUGUAA